AUGGCUGGUAGUGUCACCGUUAAGGACGUCAACGCUCACGCUUUUAUCAAGGCUUAUGCCGCUCACCUGAAGCGCUCUGGCAAGCUCGAGGUCCCCGCCUGGACCGAGUACGCCAAGACUGGUUCGCACAAGGAGCUGUCGCCGUACGAUCCGGACUGGUUCUACGUGCGCGCUGCCUCGGUUGCCCGCCACAUCUACCUGCGCGGUGGUGUUGGUGUUGGUGCUCUGGCUGACCGCUAUGGUGGAACCAAGCGCCGUGGCACCCGCCCCAACCACCACGCCGCGUCGUCGACCAACGUCGCCCGCAAGGUCUUCCAGGGUCUCGAGAAGAUCGGCAUCCUUGAGAAGCACGCCAACGGUGGCCGCAAGAUCACCUCGGCUGGCCAGCGCGACCUCGACCGCAUCUCGGUCCAGGUUGCCAAGGCCUAUUGA